CCUCUCCCUUAUAAAAUUGCUCUCCACCACUUCCCAUUUCGGCGUCAUCGCGUUUCUCUUAAGCUUCUCUCACAUUUCUCUUUCAAAUUUCUUCGAGUCUCUCUCGCUCUCUCCGUUUCUUCGCGGUCUCUCUCUCUCAGAUCUCUCCGAAACAUUCUUCGUAGGUACGCUUUGAUCUAAGAUCUGUGCUCAUACAUUCUCAAUUUAGCGUAGAUCUGUAUGUGUUCUGCAUUUCUCGUUUCUUGUGAAUUUUGAUGGUUUUGGAAUCGUCGUGAUUGAUUUCGUUGAGGUUGAUCUUGCUCAUGAAUGGAUAAUGCGAUUUUAUUUUUAAGAUGUGUAUAUAUGUCGACGUUUCUGAUUACGAUCUGAUAGUGUGGAUCUGUUGAAUUUUCUAUUCACUUUCGUUUUCCGUCGUUGUGAUUGUAUCUGAUAGCUUCUGAGAUGUUGAAGAUCUGUAUCAGAGAGAUUAUGAUAUCUCGGGACGUUUGAUUCUCUGUUUGGAUCGGCCUGAUCUCGUUGAAAUUUGAUGUUUGUGAGUGACGAUUUUGGUAUUGAUCAGUGAAGCAAAAUGGGGUUGAGUUUCGCCAAGCUGUUUAGCAGGCUUUUUGCCAAGAAGGAGAUGCGAAUUCUGAUGGUUGGUCUUGAUGCUGCUGGUAAGACCACAAUCUUGUACAAGCUCAAGCUCGGAGAGAUUGUCACCACCAUCCCUACUAUUGGUUUCAAUGUGGAAACUGUGGAAUACAAGAACAUUAGUUUCACCGUGUGGGAUGUCGGGGGUCAGGACAAGAUCCGUCCCUUGUGGAGACACUACUUCCAGAACACUCAAGGUCUAAUCUUUGUUGUUGAUAGCAAUGACAGAGACAGAGUUGUUGAGGCUCGAGAUGAACUCCACAGGAUGCUGAAUGAGGACGAGCUGCGUGAUGCUGUGUUGCUUGUGUUUGCCAACAAGCAAGAUCUUCCAAAUGCUAUGAACGCUGCUGAAAUCACAGAUAAGCUUGGCCUUCACUCCCUCCGUCAGCGUCAUUGGUAUAUCCAGAGCACAUGUGCCACUUCAGGUGAAGGGCUUUAUGAAGGUCUGGACUGGCUCUCCAACAACAUCGCUGGCAAGGCAUGAUGAGGGAGAAAUUGCGUUGCAUCGAGAUGAUUCUGUCUGCUGUGUUGGGAUCUCUCUCUGUCUUGAUGCAAGAGAGAUUAUAAAUAUUAUCUGAACCUUUUUGCUUUUUUGGGUAUGUGAAUGUUUCUUAUUGUGCAAGUAGAUGGUCUUGUACCUAAAAAUUUACUAGAAGAACCCUUUUAAAUAGCUUUCGUGUAUUGUGCCUGGAUUAAUAUGAUUGAUUGUUUUGCUUUCUUGU